AUGAUGAAGAGCCCAGAAGACCUGGACGGCAAGACCAAUCGUGAAUUGACCUUCGGGAAGAUUAUUGAGAUGGAGAUCAACCUCAAUCCAGACGAAGUUGAAGAGAAGAACUCUAAGGUCACAUCUGCACCCGAGUUGCCUGUGGCAUUGGGUUACAUCGGUGUGUUUCCUAGGGUAUACAAGGAGAAGGUGGCGGCUACUCGGAUCGCGCACCUAAGUCAACCGAAAGGACGCUCCUCAUCUUGGCCGACAUACGCGGAGGUUGUUCUCUAUGGCAUGUCUAUAGGAGGCAAUCAGGGUGGCACUGGAGGAGGCUUCAUGGGUGACAGAGGAGGUUUUGGCGGUUGCCAUGGUGGUGGUCAUGGUGACCAAGGAGGGUACGACUUUGACUACAACCAAGGUGAUUUUGAAGGUGUCGGCUAUGGAUAUGGUGGUGGUGGUGAUGUAUAUGGCUAUGGAUAUGGUGUUGGUGGUGCUGGCUAUGGUUAUGGAGGCGGUGGUGGAUGGGGGCAGUUCGGUGGAUAG